AUGAAUAGUCAAAGAAUGACAGAUUGGUUUCAAAAUAAAGUAGUUUUCAUAAAAAAUUAUACUAUUGAUCAAAAACAAAGUAUAUCAUCUGACAAAUCUCAAAUAAAUUUAAUAAAAGAAAUCUUUCUUGUUGUUGAUGAUGAUGAAAUGAAACAAGAAGAAAUAAUUAUUUUAUUUAAUUCUGAUUAUUUUUUUUCUAAAAAUAUAACUAUUAUCUUUUUAUUUCUAGCUGAACAAUUAAAUUAUUUAAUAAAUCAACUAAUUAUUAUCUCAGAAGAAAUUCGAAAGAAUCGAUUGUUACGUUGUGAAUAUAUUAAAGAAUUUAAAGAAAAAAUUAACAAUCCAAGUGAAAUGAAAAGAAAAUAUGAUAUGAACGAAGUACUCGAUCGAAUUUAUAAUUAUUGCAAACACAUAAAUAUGAAGAAAAAACAAAGAAAAGAAUUGAAAGCAAUUAUUACUCUUAUUCGACAUCCUGCUCAUAAAAUAUAUUGCCAAAUUGAAAAUGAAAUAUGUUCAAGUAUUUGGACUUUUCUUGAUGCAUCAGAAUCAACUAAUUCGAAUAUUAAUGAUCCACAACGAAUCCCUAUCGUUAAACAAUACAUAAAAAUAGGUACAAAUUUAAUUGAUAAAAUCCUAUCAGAUUUUUGUUGUAUCGGUGAUCAAUGUAUAAUUAUGCCAAAUCGAACAUAUGUUCAAAUUAAAAGAAUUUAUUAUAAUAAUCCUCAAACUGAUUUUUGUAUUUGUGGUCAAUAUGUUCAAGUUAAAUUAACAAAUGUUAAACAAAAUAUCUCACCUGGAUUUAUUUUAUGUAAUGCUGAAAAUAAAACACAUGGAAUAAGUCGAGUUUUUGAUGCACAAGUUGCUAAAAUUCAUUGUAUAUCAAUUAUAUGUCCAGGUUUUUUGACUGUUCUUCACAUUCAUUCAGCUAUUACUGAACCAAAUCAACUAGUGAAAGGAAGAUUUGAAUUAUUACAACGUAAUCAUGUUAUAUGGAUCGAAGGAUUUAAAGAUUGUCAUCAAUUUGUUAAAUUCACACUUCGUUAUGAUGGUGAAACUGUUGCUGUUGGAAACAUUCUACAAAUCAUUGAAUGA